AUGCAUUACAUGCCUCUUGACGACAGGAAGAACGAAAUCCGAGUCCUGAGGUUCCUUAAUGUAUCCAGCCCUGUCCUAGCCGAGGAUCCUUUAGAAUGCUCUAUUGAACACGUGCCGCUGGAAUACUGUCCUCUCUUUCAACCCCUCCAAGAGAACCUGCAAACUCAAGCCGGCCCGGUAGUAUGGGAUGUGUUUACCGAGUGCGUAGAUCUACGAGAUUCGACGCUGGAGCAAACAAUAACUCACGAGGCUAAAAACCUUGGUACAACCCGAAAUCACAAGCAUACCAGCGGCUUCCGUUACACUUGGGGUGACUUCGAGGCUUUGUCCUAUACGUGGGGUGAUGGAGACAACAAAAGACGGAUUUGCGUAAAUGGAAACGACAUCGAUGUUCCAACCAAUCUCGAGAACGCGCUAAGAGCUUUGCGUGGUCUGCCAGAGACACGUUUGGGUAUGUGUUAUUGGGUGGAUUCGUUAUGCAUCAACCAGCAAGACGAAAAAGAAAAGAACAAGCAGGUCAAACGUAUGAAAGAUAUCUACGGUCGAGCUAGGGCUGUGGUUGUCUGGUUAGGCCAAGAAGAGGAAACAGACAGCCUUGCAGUUGAGAUCAUGCGUUUUGUUUGCCGGAAAGAGAUGCUACAGCCCAGGUGGUACUUGCUGUCUAGCUCACGGUAUGCACUUGUCGCCUUCGCAAGAAAGACUUAUUGGGCCCGAUGUUGGAUAAUCCAAGAGCUCGCCAUGAAUCACAACUCGACCUUGCUAUUAUGUGAUGUGUUGGAUUACCAGCCCGAUGAUGACUUGUGGCAAGAUACACAGGCUUUGGUUAAUCGAUUGUAUUGUCUAUUAAUCCUCGCCUUCAAACCAGAUGUUGGAAUAGGUGUUGGCACUUUGUCAAGCCUGACACGCGAUUCAAAGGCUAUUAUCGACAAAGACAAAGUGUAUAGCAUACUCGGCUUGGUAGAUCCUGCUAUCUCUGCGGAUAUCAUUCCGGAUUACUCCCUUUCAGAGCAGCAGGUCUUUACAGAUUUAACAAAAUCUGUUGUCAGAAAAUCUGGCAGUUUGGAUUAUAUCCGUUUUGGAGGCAUUCCGGAAAUCAAGGGGUGGCCAUCAUGGGUGCUUGACUGGAGACGGCCGUUUUUGCUUAGACACGUUCGCUGCUAUCGAUCUUUUAAAGCGAGCGGAGACAUACCUGCCAAAUUUCGAUUCGAGGAUAGGGAGGAGAGUGAAAGCCUCCUCAUUUGCAAUGGAUUCUAUGUGGAUGUAGUGGAUAAAGUUGUGACAGAGACUUCCCAAAUCGGACACUUCACUCGAUCGAUUACCGACUCCAAUAGAUACGGUACCCUAGUACGUCAAGCGAUACACCAAACUAUGCUUUUGGAAUGUCCUGAUGUGACGGAAGAACUACUCUUUGAGAUACCAUGGAUGCAGAAUAGCGACGAGUAUCCGGCUUCGAACGACCCCCUCGCUGACCAGGAGUGGCUAAAAAUCUUGCAGUCGAGAUACCAUAAGUUUUUCCAUAAGUUCAGAGAGAACAACAAAAAUUUCACCAUAGGAGGCCAAAGUUUUCAAAGUCUCUUCCCACAGUCCGUCAAGAGGAAUAGUGAUAUUUCAAAGAUUUCAGAAGCUGUGAUUGAAGCUGGGUUUUGUUUGACGAAAAGAAUUCUCAUCACAACGAAAACCGGAUAUCUGGGUCUGGCUCCAAUAAUGAUCCACGCUGGAGAUGUUGUUGCUAUCUUGUUAGGAUCGCAAAUCCCGAUACUUUUACGGCCAGUUGGCGAUAAUCGUUUUCAAUUUGUAGGGGAAUGUUAUGUCCAUGGACUCAUGGACGGGGAAAUACUAUCUGAUGAAGAUGUUGCCCAGCAAGAGUUUGUUCUAUGUUAA